AUGAGCUGCCGCCUGCAAACUUCUUCCUUCGGCUUCGGCGGGGGUCUUGGGGGAGGGUCCUGCCACGUGGGUGGGGGAAGGACCAUGUCUUCCUCCUCCUCUCGAUUCAUGUGCUCAGGGUCUGCUGGGGGCUUUGGAGGAGGCUAUGGAGGGGGCUUGGGCAGUGGAGGUUUCAGCGGAGGCGGCUUCGACUUCAGCGGGCUCCUGUCCGGCAACGAGAAGGUGACCAUGCAGAACCUGAACGACCGUCUGGCCUCCUACCUGGACAAGGUGCGUGCCCUGGAGGAGGCCAACGCCGACCUGGAGCAGAAGAUCCGCGACUGGUACCAGAAGCAGAGCCCCAGCAGCCCCGAGCGCGAUUACUCUCACUACUACAAGACCAUCGAGGACCUGCGGGACCAGAUCCUGGCCGCCACCAUCGACAACAACAGGGCGGUUCUGGAGGUUGACAACGCCCGUCUGGCGGCCGACGACUUCAGGCUCAAGUAUGAGGCCGAGUUGAACCUGCGCCAGAACAUAGAGGCCGACAUCAACGGGCUGCGCCGUGUCCUGGACGAGCUGACCCUCGCCCGGACCGACCAGGAGAUGCAGAUCGAGAGCCUCAACGAGGAGCUGGCCUAUCUCAAGAAAAACCACGAGGAGGAGAUGAAGGAAUUCAGCAACCAGCUGGCUGGCCAGGUCAACGUGGAGAUGGACGCGGCGCCGGGCGUGGAUCUGACCCGUGUGCUGAGCGAGAUGCGGGAGCAGUACGAAAACAUGGCUGAAAAGAACCGGCGGGAUGCAGAAGCCUGGUUCCACAGCAAGAGUGAGGAGCUCAACAAGGAAGUGGCAUCCAACACUGAACUGAUCCAGACCAGCAAGACGGAGGUCACUGACCUGAGACGCACACUGCAGGGGCUGGAGAUAGAGCUUCAAUCUCAGCUCAGCAUGAAAGCCGGGCUGGAGGGCACCGUGACCGAUAUCGAAUGCCGCUACGCCAUGCAGCUGCAGCAGAUCCAGGGCUUGAUCGGUAACGUGGAGGAGCAGCUGGGUCAGCUGCGCAGCGAAAUGGAGUGUCAGAACCAGGAGUACAAGAUGCUGCUGGACAUCAAGACCCGGCUGGAGCAGGAGAUUGCCACCUACCGCAGCCUGCUGGAGGGCCAGGACUCCAAGAUGGUCGUCGGCUUCAGCACUCGUGAUGGUUCUCUGGGAGGCAUCGGUGGUGGCGGCGGCAGAGUCCACAUCAAUGUGGAGGAGUCGGUGGACGGGAAGGUGGUUUCCUCCCAGAAAAGGGAAUUGUAACCCCCUCCACACACAGACCCUCUCCCCAUCCUCAUUCCCCUCCCCCUGCUCCCCCGACCACUGCACAGUCCCUAGCACCACCCAAGUCUAGGGCAGCGCCAACCACCCCGACCUGGAAAACGAUGCUCGUUUCCCCAAGCGAUGACCCCUCCUGCUUUGCCCCUGCUUCUCUUCUCCCCCAACUCCAACCUCAGUGCAUUGUAGGGCCGUGGAGGGCUCGGUGUUACCCUACAGC